CUCACACGGACUCUGACCGGCGUGCAGCACACUCAGGGCUGGCCUGGCUGCCGUCAUGUCCCGCUCGGCACCGCAGGCGCCGUGGGCGGACUAUCUGGACGAGGACGACGCGCUGGCCGACGAAGAUGACACCUGCCAGCUGGAGAAGCGCAUGUCGGACCGCAGGAGGGCCCAGUCUCUGCCGGCGUGCCCGGCGGCGCUGCUGGCCGCCGUGGCCCGGAGCAACGGGCCCAAGCGGGUGAAGUUCGCAGACACGAUGGGCUUGAGUCUGGCCAGCGUCAAACACUUCAGCUCGCUGGAGGAGCCGCACGUGCCCAGCAAGGUCUUCUCUCGUCACGCCAGCUUCCCUCCCCAAGGAGACCUGCUGGGCGUGCUGGACCACCACUUUGACCUGCCGCAGCCUCACGACCCGGACGGCCGCGUCCGGCGUCUGCGCGUGUGCUUGGAGCAGCUCUCUGUCACGCAGUUCGACGUGCGCGGCCACGUACGCGUGCUGAGCGGCGGCGCCCGCACAGAGGUCGGGGUCCGCUACACCUUCAACGACUGGCUCUCGCACGUGGACGCGCAGGCUCUGCUGGAGGAAGCGGAGCUUCCUGGCGGCACGGGCGCACGCUACGGCUUCACCAUGUACACGCCGCCCUUCAUGGAGCCCGGCUCGGCGGUCCACUUCGCCGUGUACCUGCGGAGCGACGAGGGAGAGUUCUGGGACAACAACGACGGGCGGAACUUCACGCUGCGGUACCGAGGUUUGCACGAGCAUUUUGUCUGCGCCCCCUGAGCUACGCUUGGCGCCGUAAAACCCCACCGCGUCGGAGUUGAUGCCAACUGUCCACUCAGUAAGCCGUGAUGGACCAGCUGAAAUAAAAGUCAUCUGUGGUUGUGAGCCACGCGGUUCUGUUCUGGUCUGUGAGAAGGAGCAUGCAGCAGGAUUCAUUGUAAUGGUUAAACAUUUCUUCAAGCAGGGCUGCGUCACACAAAGUCCUGCAAAAGAGGUCCAUCGUGACCAAAGUGACCUUUCGUGUUUGGUCAGUCAAUACCAGCGACUGAUGUGCAUUCCAGAGCAUUAGGGGGUUAGGAAAUGUCCGACUUGGACUCAUUUCUUAAGUUCACCUCAUAAAUGGGGAAAGUAAACAAAAACAUGACUGACCUCAAUAAGCAUGUUGUUUCGUGUGAUGCCAAAAAGUUGCAUUGGCUCCCUUGUCCAAUGUUGCCAAAUUGCCUUCUGUCAGUUUAUUAAAGGGCAAGUGCACUUUU